GGGGCGGGAUGGCGCCCCGCCUCAGCCCGCUCUUGCUCUUGCUGUGGCACUGACAGCGGCUUCGACCAAGGUGUACGUGGGGAACCUGGGCACGGGCGCGGGCAAAGGCGAGCUGGAGAGAGCCUUCAGCUACUACGGGCCCCUGAGAACCGUGUGGAUCGCGAGGAACCCGCCGGGGUUUGCCUUCGUGGAGUUUGAAGACCCGAGGGAUGCUGAAGAUGCUGUUCGCGGACUUGAUGGAAAGGUGAUAUGUGGCUCCAGAGUUAGAGUGGAAGUGUCAACAGGGAUGCCUCGUCGCUCCCGUUAUGACAGGCCUCCUGCACGACGCCCCUUUGACCCUAACGACAGAUGCUAUGAGUGUGGUGAAAAAGGCCACUAUGCUUAUGAUUGUCACCGCUAUAGUAGCCGAAGGAGGAGCAGGUCCCGGUCUAGAUCCCGCUCAAGGUCCCGAGGAAGAAGGUAUUCUCGGUCACGCAGUCGGAGUCGCGGUAGGAGGUCCAGGUCGGCUUCCUAUCGUAGGUCCCGGUCGAUUUCUCCUCGUAGGUCUAGGUCUGUGUCUCCUCGCCGGUCUCGAUCAGGUUCCUUGAAGAGAUCCCGGUCUAGAUCAAGAUCCAGAUCUAGAUCCAGAUCUGUUACAUGGCCUCGAAGCAGGUCUAGGUCUCAUGGCAGAUCAAAAUCUGGCUCACCGCCUAAGAGUCGGUCAAAGUCCCGAUCACCAUCUCCAAAGAGAAGUCGUUCACCAUCCGGAAGCCCUCAAAGAAGUGCAAGUCCUGAAAGAAUAGAUUAAAGUUAUGAAGUUAAUCUUUUAGGAAGAAAGUUAUUUUGCUUACAUUAUUAUAAGGGAUUUUGUGGUGUCUUUGUAAAUGUAAGAAUGUAGAUAGAAGAGUAUAUCAACAAAAAUUUGGCAUGAUCUGGGUCUUCUGAGUUAGUCACACCAAUAGACUAGCACAGGUCUCUCUUUAUUGUAUGAAUUAACUUCCUGUGAUAUGAAAAUGUGGGACUUUUUUAUUGGCACAUUGAAAUAAAAUGUGUAUUUUUAAC